AUGAGGCUCACUCUCAGUGCAGCCUUGGGCCUGCUCUGCUCCUCCGUCUUGGUUGCAGCCCAGACAUACACCACUUGCCCCGCGGACACUGCCUUGGGCAAAACCGACCAGACGUUCGACUUCACCGCGGGUGCCUCCGAUCAGUUCUCUGCUUCCGGAACCGUCACAUACGAUGAUACCAACGGUGCCACUUUCACCGUCGCCAAGCAGGGCGACGGGCCGUUAAUCCAGUCUGGCUGGUACAUCAUGUUCGGCAAGGUCGAAUACACCAUCAGGGCAGCUCCAGGAACGGGCAUUGUCAGCAGUGCCGUACUGCAGUCCGACGAUCUGGACGAAAUCGACUGGGAAUGGCUUGGAGGCAAAAGCUCUCAAGUGCAGACCAACUAUUUCGGCAAAGGAGACACUAGCAGUUACAACCGCGGUGCAUUCCACGACAACCCUGACAAUCAGAACGAAUGGCACACUUACUCCGUGGACUGGACCAGUGAACAGAUUGUCUGGGCUAUUGACGGAAAAACUAUUCGUGUCCUCACGCCCAGCACGGCAGACACCAACCAGUACCCCCAGUCCCCCAUGAUGAUCAAGGUCGGUGUGUGGGCCGGCGGCGAUCCCAGCAACGCCCAAGGAACCAUUGACUGGGCUGGCGGUUUGACCGAUUACAGCAAAGGCCCAUUCAGCAUGUACAUGAAGACGAUGACCGUGACCGACUACUCGACCGGAAAGUCAUACAGCUAUGGCGACAAGUCUGGCUCGUGGGAAUCAAUUAUCUCUAAUGGAGGCAAGAUCAAUGGCAAUAGUGCUGAUGAACCUACUGAGACUCAGUCUGCUCCCACUAUCACGGCGACCGCCUCUGGUAUACCCAUUCCUUGGAGUGGAACGCACAAGGAGACCUCAACCUUCGUCACCCCCGACGUCUGGCCCUGGGUUGCCACCGAUUCAGCCUCGGCUUCUACUGGUCUUCCCAGUGGAUGGGAAUCUGCCUCUGGCCGCAUCUCACCACCUGGCGGGGGCUCAAUGAGUGAGCACCCCCUUUUACCCUUCAUCAACACGUCCCUGGAAUCAGUCACUAAGACCGAGUCACUUCCUUUACAGUCUACCUUCCAAUCUACCUCAGUGGUUUGGGCUUCGCCAUCGGCUGUCUUUUCCCCUUCUGGGCUUGAGAGCUAUCAUGGAAACGCGACCCGUCUUGCCCACAGUAUGACCUCGAAGAAAGCUAAGACCAAGACUACGAGGACCCGAACCAAGACUACCGCUACCAAGACCAACAAGGCCGCCUCUACAUUAAUCCCGACCAUUGCCUCUGCGGUUAGCGGUGGGAUCAGCCUGGGCAUUCCUGCAAUCCUGGGCAUUUUCUGCACCCUGCUUGCGGCCAUUUUUGCAUUCUUUUGA